ACGCCGGUUUCCCUGUCGUGGUGGCGGCCCCUUUUCUCGUCGCACACGGCCGUCGGGCGCCGGAGGAUAUGGCAUCAGCGGUGACCUGAGGCUCCGCAGGUGGCACUCAUCAUGGAUGCAAUUGGUUUGGGUUUCGUGGGGCGCGGAUGUUGUUUAGAUGCCAAGGCGGGGCUUGAAGUGUUGGGAAUUCGAUGGAUGCAGGCAUACGGCCUCUUGGCGUAGGAUGUGUUGGCCGAGGUUACUCUCUUAUCUGUUUUGAUACGAUUGAUAAAUAAAUUGGCUCCCGAAGAGCCGGAGAACAUACCGAGUUGCAAUUUCUGGGUAUCGUCUCUCUGAAGUCUGAACCCAACCACGAGUCCUAUGCUGGUUCUGUUUUGUGUGCUAUCAAUCUACCAUAAUGAUAUUCAGUUAGAGUUGGUCUUGGCCAGGCCAUGAAGUUUGUAUCAACGUCCACAUGGAAAUGGCCAAGACUACAAAUGGGCGGUCCAUCUGUUUGGAUUUACGCAACAAAAAUUGCAAGUCAGGAACCGUGGGAGCUAUGGAUUAAGAAAUAGGCCAAACUGUUCAGGGCCUGACACAAAUAUGGGGAGCAUGGAUGCACAAACUUGAAACUUGUGCAUCAUAUACCGGUCUUGAAGCUCCAAAAUAAGUAGAUGAAAAGAGGGAAGCAGUUUCACAAUGCUGGAAGUACGAAUUAAAUCAAGACCGAUCUUUGGGAGGCUCCUUUAGGAUAGGUCAGUCUCAAGGAAGUUUGCAGAGACAUCAUUUGACAAAUUUGCUCAGACCAGCCGCUGCAGCUAUUUCAGUUGAACAAGAUGAAGCUAAUACUUAUCUUCCAAAAGGUAAUAUGUGGUCUGUGCACAAGUUUGGCGGAACCUGUAUGGGAACACCUCAAAGAAUUCAGAGUGUUGCUGACAUAGUUCUUGGUGAUUCUUCUGAGAGAAAACUGAUCAUUGUUUCCGCAAUGUCCAAAGUCACUGACAUGAUGUACAACCUUGUACAUAAGGCUCAAUCAAGGGAUGAUUCGUAUACCAUAGCACUAGAAGAAGUUUUUGAGAAGCAUAUGGCUGCAGCAAAGAAUCUUCUUGAUGGAGAAGACCUUGCAAGAUUCUUGUCUCAAUUGCACUCAGACAUCAGCAACUUGCGAGCAAUGCUCCAUGCUAUUUAUAUAGCUGGGCAUGCGACAGAAUCUUUCUCUGACUUUGUUGUUGGGCAUGGAGAGUUGUGGUCUGCUCAUAUGUUAUCUUAUGCAAUAAAGAAGUCUGGGACACCCUGCAGUUGGAUGGAUACAAGAGAAGUUCUAGUUGUAAAACCCAGUGGAUCUAAUCAGGUUGAUCCUGAUUACUUAGAAUCUGAGAAGCGACUUCAGAAAUGGUUUUCUCGACAACCAGCUGAAAUAAUAGUUGCUACGGGCUUUAUUGCGAGUACAGCAGAAAACAUUCCUACGACUCUAAAAAGGGAUGGAAGUGAUUUCUCAGCAGCCAUAAUUGGUUCUCUUGUCAGGGCACGCCAGGUCACUAUCUGGACUGAUGUUGAUGGGGUAUUUAGUGCAGAUCCUAGAAAAGUUAGUGAGGCUGUGAUCUUAAGCACAUUAUCCUACCAGGAGGCCUGGGAAAUGUCAUAUUUUGGGGCAAAUGUGUUGCAUCCGCGCACGAUUAUACCUGUGAUGAAAGACAACAUUCCCAUUGUUAUUAGGAACAUGUUCAAUGUCUCUGCCCCCGGAACCGUGAUCUGCAAACAGCCUGCCAAUGAAAAUGGUGAUUUAGAUGCUUGUGUCAAAUCAUUUGCUACUAUAGAUAACUUGGCCCUUGUCAAUGUUGAAGGAACUGGAAUGGCUGGUGUUCCAGGUACAUCAAGUACCAUAUUUAGUGCUGUAAAAGAUGUUGGAGCUAAUGUUAUCAUGAUAUCUCAGGCUAGCAGUGAACAUUCGGUAUGCUUUGCUGUUCCAGAAAAGGAAGUUGCUGCAGUGUCUGCAGCCUUGCAUGUUAGGUUUCGUGAGGCGUUAGCAGCAGGGAGGCUAUCUAAGGUCGAAGUUAUCAAUGGUUGCAGCAUUCUUGCUGCUGUUGGCCUGAGGAUGGCCAGCACUCCUGGAGUCAGUGCAAUACUUUUUGAUGCAUUAGCAAAGGCAAAUAUUAAUGUACGAGCAAUAGCUCAAGGUUGCAGUGAAUACAAUAUUACUGUUGUAUUGAAGCAAAAAGAUUGUGUAAGGGCUCUGAGAGCUGCUCACUCAAGGUUCUUCCUCUCGAAGACUACACUUGCUGUUGGUAUCAUCGGACCUGGUUUGGUUGGUGGGACACUCCUUAACCAGCUGAGGGAUCAGGCUGCUGUUCUCAAGGAAAAUUUGAACAUUGAUCUGCGUGUCAUGGGAAUAACUGGCUCUAGUACGAUGCUUUUGAGUGACACAGGAAUAGACUUAACCCAGUGGAAAGAGCUGCUACGAAAGGAAGCAGAACCAGCUGAUCUUGCUAAUUUUGUUCGCCAUUUGUCCGAUAAUCAUGUGUUUCCAAACAAAGUUUUGGUGGACUGCACUGCAGAUACAAGUGUGGCAUCCCGCUAUUAUGAUUGGUUAAAGAAGGGUAUCCAUGUCAUCACGCCGAAUAAGAAAGCAAAUUCUGGGCCACUUGAUCGGUACCUGAAACUACGAACUCUGCAGCGUGCAUCAUAUACUCAUUACUUUUAUGAAGCAACUGUUGGCGCCGGUCUCCCAAUCAUUAGCACCCUGCGAGGUCUUCUAGAGACAGGUGACAAGAUACUGCGUAUUGAGGGGAUUUUCAGUGGAACUUUGAGUUAUAUUUUUAACAAUUUUGAAGGAACAAGGACCUUUAGUGAUGUCGUUGCUGAAGCAAAAGAGGCUGGAUACACCGAACCUGAUCCAAGAGAAGAUCUAUCUGGAACUGAUGUUGCCAGAAAGGUCAUUAUACUUGCACGGGAAUCUGGUCUGAAGCUUGAACUUUCUGAUAUUCCUGUGAAGAGCCUUGUACCAGAGGCACUUGCUUCAUGCUCGUCGGCAGAUGAAUUCAUUCAAAAGCUACCAUCCUUCGAUCAGGACUGGGCCAGGCAACGCAGUGAUGCCGAUGCUGCAGGCGAAGUCCUGCGUUAUGUCGGCGUCGUGGAUACGGUGUACAAGAAGGGACAGGUGGAGCUGCGGAGGUACAAGAGGGACCACCCAUUCGCGCAGCUCUCUGGCUCCGACAACAUCAUCGCGUUCACCACCUCGAGGUACAAGGAGCAGCCGCUGAUCGUGCGGGGGCCGGGCGCAGGCGCCGAGGUGACGGCCGGAGGCGUGUUCUGCGACAUCCUGCGGCUGGCGUCUUACCUCGGCGCUCCCUCGUAGGGUUGCUGAGUCCCGUGACAAGUUAUUUUCAGAGGCAGACGGACACCAUUGUCCUGCAUGUCUCCGGACUGGGGUACGCACAACAUUGGCUCGUAUAUCGGAAAUAAGGUCUGUUGGGCUUUAGAAUAGCUGGCCAGGUGUUGUUUUUGCCACCGAAUUCAGAUUUCUUUGGAUUGACAAUGAAGUAGCGAUGCAAUAAUAUUUGCUUGUGCCGCAACGAA